CUUCCUCGCUGAUUCCAAGUGGCGUGCGCGCGCGCGCACGCACGCACGCACGCUCGCGAGCACGCCGACCAGGCUGGAAUCUAUCGUGCUGCUCCUCAGAGUUGAAGUUUGUCGGCUCGGAAGCUGAGGCGAGGAUGUGCGCGCGUUGGCGGCCGCGUCGUCGAACGGGUUCGGUUCGAGUUCCCGGGGGCACCGGCUGCUGCUGCUACUGUGGCCGGGAAUGAAGCGUGUUUGUCGGCGUGUGUCGGUAGCCACGGCCGUGCUGGUGUGGCUCGGGGCGCUCGUUUACCUGCUGGUGCUCAGCCGGAGGAGGCUGCCCGAGCUCGGCGUGGCUGCCGCGGCCGGUGCCGUUGGCGCAGCCGGUGCCGGUGCCGGGGCGGAACAAACCAAGCAGAUGUCGGACAGCGAGUGGGAGGACAUGCUGGACGGCUUCGACGAACGCGGCUACUUGAGCGCGCGACGCUGGCGCCCCGGCGAUGACCCGUACACGCUGUACGCCUUCAACCAGCGGGAGAGCGAGCGCAUUCCUAGCAACCGAGUGCUCAGCGACACGCGGCACCACAGGUGCAGCGCGUUACGCUACGACGCCAACCUUCCCCCGACUUCCAUCGUCAUCACCUUCCACAACGAGGCUCGUUCCACCCUGCUGCGCACCGUCAGGAGUGUGUUAAACAGAACUCCUGUUCAUCUCAUCCAUGAGAUCAUUCUGGUGGAUGACUUCAGCGAUGAUGGGAGCGACUGUCAGCUUCUCACCAAAUUGCCUAAAGUCAAAUGUCUACACAACAGCAGGAGAGAAGGUCUUAUCCGGUCCAGAGUCUGCGGCGCCGACGCGGCGAGCGCGAAGGUCCUGGCGUUCCUGGACAGUCACUGCGAGGUCAACAAGGACUGGCUGCCCCCCCUCCUUCACAGGAUUAAACAGGACCCGACCAGAGUAGUUAGCCCCGUCAUCGACAUCAUCAACAUGGACACCUUCGCCUACGUGGCCGCCUCUGCUGACCUACGAGGAGGUUUUGAUUGGAGUCUUCAUUUCAAGUGGGAGGGACUAUCUCCUGAGGAAAGGGAUCGCCGCACUGACCCCACCCUGCCAAUCAAGACGCCCAUCAUCGCCGGUGGCCUCUUUGUGAUCGACAGCUCGUGGUUCAAGCACCUGGGCAAGUACGACACGGCCAUGGACAUCUGGGGCGGGGAGAACUUCGAGAUCUCCUUCCGGGUGUGGCAGUGCGGCGGAAGCUUGGAGAUCAUUCCGUGCAGCCGCGUGGGUCACGUCUUCCGGAAGAAGCAUCCGUACGUCUUCCCGGAGGGCAACACCAACACGUACAUCAAGAACACACGGCGGACCGCCGAGGUUUGGAUGGACGACUUCCGCCUCUUUUACUACUCGGCUCGACCGGCAGCUCGAGGAAAAUCUUAUGGAGACGUACGGGGACGCGUGGAGCUCAGACGCAAGCUCAAGUGCAAGUCCUUCAAGUGGUACCUGGACCACGUCUACCCGCAACUCAAAGUUCCUGACGACUCGGACUGGCAGUCCGGUAUGAUCCGGCAGAGGCAGAACUGCUUGGAGACUCGCCACGUGGACGGCCAGGAGACGCCCGUCCUCGCGUUGGGGCCAUGCGUGGUCAAGGACGGCGUCCCCGCCCGCAACCAGGAGUGGCUCUACACUGCUGGCCAGCAGAUCCGACAGCAACACGACGGCAACAAAUGCGUGUCGGUCACCACGACGUUCCCGGCGUCGCAGAUUCUGCUGCUGCCCUGCGACACGGACGACGCCAAGCAGCGCUGGCAGAAGUCGGGCACCCACCUGGAGCACGCGGCGUCUCGCUUCUGCCUGGACUCGGCCAUGGCGCUGGACGGGCUGGACUCGUCUCGCAUGCUGGUAAUCAGCCCGUGCGAGCUGGGCGCCUCCACGCAGCGCUGGGACGUCCCCUUCUCCUGACCCGCCCCAAACGAGAUCCGGCUCCCCUUCGCCGGUCCGGACUGCGGUGGGAACUGGAGUUGAACUUGGAUAGCGCAAAGGGGUUCUCAAACUUGGGGUUCGUGAGCUGUAGAUUGCUGCGCCAUAUUUCAUAUUUGUGACCCUACAAAGGAAGUAUCAAGAGAUCCUUUUUUUUAUAAGCAUUCUCUGUUGCCAUGCCGACGCCAUUCUCCACAUCAGAUUGAAAACGAAUCGACCACACGAGUCUCUUUUAUUAAGAUGCACAAAAGCAACUUUCAAACAUGGAAGAGUCAGCGGGUCCGUUCACAGUUUCCCCGGGAAUGUUCUCGUUGACAUCUUUUAUCAUAUAAAAAAAGUGCAAAUCUGUAUAUGGGCACUGUCACGCCCAUAAGACUCUGCUUUCGGCCAAUUAAAAGCUCUCAUGUGAACGGCGACCUAACAUCAUAUGAAUCUGACAUCCCUGCAUCACUUAAUAGCACAAAAUGAGUAUUAUUACCGGACUAAAUUCGUAUUUUUCUGAAAAUAUUAGGAGACGAUGGACAUUCUUCCACCUGUGAGCGAUGAAUACUUUGUGGAUAACAGACACCAAGUGCACCUUAAAACUCUUCUUUUAGUUAUUUAUUGUGAGGCAUCCAUUUUCCGAUGUGCUUAUGCCAUCAGGGGGAUCAAUACAGGACAAAUAUAUAUCUAUAAAACACAAAGCAAUUUGUAUUGCAGAGGUCUGGUGUAUUAAUGUGUUGUUUGCACAAAGCACACGUCAGCUUGUUGUUGUUUAUUAACUCGCACAUCUCAGCGUGACACACUCACAAACAAAUGUGAGAUUUAAAGCAAGUAUGUCUAGUGAGGAUAAGCGGAGUACGGAAGAUGAAUGGAUGAAUGAUUUGAUUUCAUUGGCGCCACCUUGCGGUACCAAGCUAAGUGUAGUUGGGCUCAACCAAACGACACACACACACACAUACACAACUCCACUUAAUAGGGCUGGAUGACAUUGUCAUAAAAUAAAAAUGAUCAAAGAUUAGAUUUUUUUUCACUGCGUUCACUCUUCAUUCACCCUUUUUGAGGUCACUGACCCUAAAACAACGUUUCAUGUUAUUUUUAUUUUCUACAGGAAUAAUAGAAACAUAUUUUUUGACAGAUAAUGUGAAAAUCUUGGAAAAAUGUCAAUUCAACCCUUAAAAAAAUCUGCGUUAUGUUAUCCAUCCAUCCAUUUACUUUGCCGCUUAUCCUCAUGAGGGUUGUGGGACGUGCUGGAGCCUAUCCCAGCUGCUAGCCAAUCACAGGGCACAUCGAGACAAACAGCCGCAUUCACAAUCACACCUAGGGGCAAUUUAGAGUCUCCAAUGAAUGUUGUGUGUUUUUGGAAUGUGAGAGGAAACCGGAGUGCCUGGAGAAAACCCACAUAGGCACGGGGAGAACAUGCAAACUCCACACAGGAAGGGGUGGGAUUGAACGUGGGUCCUCAGAACUGUGAGGCCAACGCUUUACCAGCUGAGUCACCGUGCCGCCAGGUGUUAAAUUAUCAACUUUCGAAUUGAAUGAAUUGGUCUCUGCAGCCAGCCCGACUACACGAGUAAGUUCUAACACAGUUGAAAAAUACCAGAAUCUUGUCCCUGAAGGGUUACCGUAGAGCUCUUCCAAAGAUGGAGGCCAGUGUAGAACAUACAUGUUCUCAUGGACUGUGAGGAAAAAAAAAAGGUUGAGUUGAUGAACCCCCGUGCAUGUUUUGUGUCCCCCCACGCACACACACAAACUCUUUGUACUCUGACGAUCUGUAUCGCAACAUUUUACCGUGUUAGUCGAAGAUGAGCGACAACAAGCGAGCUCUUCUCUUUCUCUGACGGCUUAUUUUCAUCUUAAUAAAGUUUUUAU